AUGGCCAUGACGAAGUACAACGAUGCUUUGAACUCUAGAGACAACGCGGGUCGCACACCGCUCAUUUGGGGUUCUUUAGAGGGCCACGACAACAUCGUCCGGAUGCUUCUCGACAAGGGCGCAGAUGUCAACGCGCAAGGUGGCGCCUAUGGCAACGCUCUUCAGGCUGCAUCACAAGGAGGCCACGACAACAUUGUCCGGAUGCUUCUCGACAAGGGCGCCGAUGUCAACGCGCAAGGUGGCGCCUAUGGCAACGCUCUUCAGGCUGCAUCAGAAGGAGGCCACAACAACCUCGUCCAGAUGCUUCUCGACAAGGGCGCAGAUGUCAACGCUCAAGGUGGCCGCUAUGGCAACGCUCUUCAAGCUGCAUCACAAGGAGGCCACGAAAAUAUCGUCAAGAUACUUCUCGACAACGGCGCAGAUGUCAACGCUCAAGGUGGCCGCUAUGGCAACGCUCUUCAGGCUGCAUCUUCAAGAGGCCACAACAACAUCGUCCAGAUACUUCUCGACAAGGGCGCAGAUGUCAACGCUCAAGGUGGCCGCCAUGGCAACGCUCUUUAUGCUGCAUCACAGGGAGGCCACAACAACAUCGUCCAGAUGCUUCUCGACAAGGGCGCAGAUGUCAACGCGCAAGGUGGCGACUAUGGCAACGUUCUUUAUGCUGCAUCACAGGGAGGCCACAACAACAUCGUCCGGAUGCUUCUCGAUAAGGGCGCAGAUGUCAACGCUCAAGGUGGCGCCUAUGGCAACGCUCUUCAGGCUGCAUCACAGGGAGGCCACAACAACAUUGUCCGGAUGCUUCUCGAUAAGGGCGCAGAUGUCAACGCGCAAGGUGGCGUCUAUGGCAACGCUCUUCAGGCUGCAUCACAGGGAGGCUACAACAACAUCGUCCAGAUGCUUCUCGACAAGGGCGCAGAUGUCAACGCUCAAGGUCGCCGCUAUGGCAACGCCCUUCAAGCUGCAUCAGAAGGAGGCCACGAAAAUAUCGUCAAGAUACUUCUCGACAAGGGCGCAGAUGUCAACGCUCAAGGUGACCACUAUGGCAACGCUCUUUAUAUUGCAUCUUCAAGAGGCCACAACAAUAUCGUCCAGAUACUUCUCGACAAGGGCGCAGAUGUCAACGCUCAAGGUGGCCGCUAUGGCAACGCUCUUUAUGCUGCAUCAGAAGGAGGCCACGAAAAUAUCGUCAAGAUACUUCUCGACAAGGGCGCAGAUGUUGGCAAAGACAGAAACAAUGGUGCAUAG